UGCUUCUUGAAAAUGCAAGAUUCCUUUAAAUUUUCCGGAACUUGAAUCGUCAACUGCUGUAAGCUCAUCAAGCACAUGGAUCAGUCCGACCACUUUUCGAUCCUUUCGAACAAGUGAAUUUUUUUUAUCCCCUGCAAUACCAGCAAGGCGGUUGGCGACCUCGAAAACAUCGAGUGGUUGCAAAGAGAUCCUUACAUUUUCUCUAAUUUGACUGCACUUUCGAAUCUCCGAUCGUCUGUGUGUCCAUGAUCUCCCUUUUUCAACUUGGAAAUCAUCGGAACCCUCGUGUUUAUCCACCAUUUUGGAUUUCCAACAGGGAUAGGUACUUCAUGUAUGGGGACACAAAAUGUCCUGCACCUAUUCUGCUGGACAAUGGGAACGCAGCCUUGGGGACAGGAACAAUAGAUGGAACAAUAGACAAAGAGAUCUGUUUGUUUCUUUUAUAUUUAAAAAUAGAAAUAUACCAUGACACUUCCGGUUUGACCUUUUCGGAACUUUUGUGGCAGUCUGAACUCGCUUGGUAAAAAGGUAACCUCGGCCUCGGACAGGACACUGAAAGAUCAAAGUAUCACGAGAAUGGAUUGGAGGUAUUUCAUUUUGUUUGAAUUUGAUAUUCUAUUGUUUUGUACUUUAAUAUCCGUAGCUAAUAAGGAAUUUUCGAUUCACAGAAUCUGUGAUCAGUGUGAAAAGGAGCAGUCCACCUUUUACUGCGGCGAGUGCCAGCUGAAGUAUUGUGAAUCCUGCAAUGGGGUGUUCCACUCGAAGGGAGCAUUGAAGGAGCAUAAAGUUCAAGCACUCCAGUCGUGCACGUGCCAGUCUUGUAGUAACGCAAUCUCCAUUCUACUCUGUGACAGCUGUGACAUGAGUAAGUACUCAUCCUCACCACCUGGGGGCACUGCCAGACGGUUUACGUUAGUUGGCCCGGAAUCCAAGGUCUUGCAGAAGUGUGCAAUAAGAAAUGCCGGAGAAGCUAAAAAAUACUUUCAUGAUUCAUUUGUUCAUCAAAGACUUUUUAUAUAUAUCUUGCAAAAGCAUUUGUCUGCUUUGAUGUGUUCGUCGCACCCUGUUUAUCACGGGUGUUAUAAACUACGAGUAUAAAAAUGCUCACCACAAAAACGGAUGUCUAAAAAGUUUUUGUUUUCUUUUUAGAAUUCUGUGACCCUUGCUGGAGCAAAUGGCAUUCCAAAGGAACUUUCCAAAGCCAUAUAAAUAAACCAAUUCUUACUACAGCAAGCAACCAUUGAAGCUGUACAAGACGGUACUGUAAGUUACAUGUUACCUUAUUGUUUAUAUAUUCACGUGCUAUGUGAUUCCUACACUGAUGUGCAUGCCGCAUGCAUUUCAUCAGAAGCUUUCAUAUAUUUUCCUACUACUAAAUGUCUUUUAAUAUGGUAUAAUCCUAAAACACCACACCACGAGAGUCUCAUGAGUUUUUGACACUAUAAACGUUAAUUACAACUGUUACCGUAUUUUAAAUGGCAUCAUAAUUUGAAUGCCUAUUUUUCUUGCAGGUAAUAAGCUCUUCAUCCUCUGAUGAUACAGCCAUCCCAAAGAGUCUUCAGAAAACAAGUCUCGGUUUCAUUGCAAAUCCAAAAGGCAAAAGAUCACUGUAUUACAUGUCCAUCAUGAAGGAAGCUCUCUCAAAGAUGCGAAAGGCUGGUGAAAGCGAUGAAUCCUUAAAAAAGCGAUUUACUGCUGAACGAUCAAGGCAAUUCGAUU